CAUGCGGGCUAGUCCCUCCCAUGACACAAAACCCCAUUCAGCAGCAUGUCAACACACUCAUGUUGAGAAGAAGAAGAAACAGUUAUUAAAGGAAUCGGACAAUCUAUUUUCUGGACUUAAAGAUUCUGGGCUUCAGCUAGACCAACUCUGAAGUGAACUGCUUAUCCAAACUGUUGUUUUUAUUAUAACCAAAUAUAGAAAUGGGAAGAAUUAAUAUCUGCGUAAAACGGGCGUUCAUUUUCGUCUGUGUCUUGAUCGGUAUCAUCAGCACCCUCUUGCUGGCCAUCACAUUAUUUGGACAUGGGUACUUCCACAAAUCAGAAGAAAUAGAGAUUCUGCCAGGGAUAGCAAUUCUUUAUGUCCUAGAAGCAGCAACCCUGGUCCUGUCAAUCUUUGGGGUUUAUGGCGCUCGCAAGGAGAAGAAAUGGGCUGUGGUUCUGAUGGAGGAGUUAAUCAGAGAGGAACAUCUAGCUAUGAUGCCUCUAAGUGGAGCGAAUCAAACAGAUUUAGAAGAGCUAUACAACAUACAGACUAAGUUCAAAUGCUGUGGGCUCGUACAAGGCUACCAAGACUGGGGCACAGACAUCCCCCUCUCCUGUCUCUGUUCUGAUGAGGACUCAACAAACUUUAAAUGUGUUGCUCCUGGUAACAAUACAAGAUUUGUUAUUCACUAUCCCAACAGUGAUAUGUCUGAGGAUGAUGACCACAAGGGACUAAUGGAUGAACACAUGCUGGUAUAUAAAGAGCCAUGUCUUCCCAUCUUAUUCUCUUUGGUGGGCUAUGGAAUCAGCCUGAUGAUAGGAACAUUAGUAGCACUUCAAGCAUUAUGGGAUAUUGGAGUUGCCCUGGCCAUCACAAUACUCUGCCAGAUGAGAAGAAAGGUUGAUGUGCCACCUGUGAUCUUCACCUCUCAACCACCUCAGUACAGAGAGCUGUGUGACACAGCAGAGAGUGUCUGAAAUGAAAUGGUCCUCUUAUGAAGGAUACUCAAUGCACUAGUCUGAGUGCCAGUCUGUUUGUGCCAUCAUGACAACUCCUGUCACUCAUUUGUGUCAAGCCAAACAUGACAAUGGGUGACAAAGAGUUGGCUUGGCAAUGACAGCAAUGGAGUUGUCAUUGUCCAGACCACAAACAGAUCUGGAAUCAGGCUAGCAAUGCAUCCAUAUUAUGUACAUACUCAUAACACACUUGAAAUGACAACAAGGGACAUUAUUAGACAUUAGACAUCUUUGCUGUGUUGUCCAAAGUAUUACUGUUCAACUGAUUAUCCAUCUGACUGCCAGCAAGAGUCUUCUUAUUGGCUGUCAAGGGUUCUAUAAAACCUGUGGUUUGUUUUUCUGUUGUAAAUAAUUAGUAACCAUUUAACCAUUGAAGUGCCUCAGUGUUGGUGACAGUGUCUUGAAUAAAGGGAGAAGCGUCUUUUAAGAUUAUGUUCCUUUAUUCGACAACCAACAUCUUUAAAAAAAUUAUAUAUUUUGUUUACUAAACCCAACUGUAUAAUCAAAAUGACUUUGCCAUUAUCACAGGAAGUCACAAUCAGACUCGGACAAAAAUGGAAUUUCCUCCAAUGACCUUUGUCCUCUCCCCAUCCUCUAUUCAUUUUCUGCCUUUGUCUUUUCCUCCUGCUCUCUCCUCUCAUCCUCCUCUCUAACUCUUUUCCUCCUGCUCUCUCCUCUCAUCCUCUUCUCUCUAACUCUUUUCCUCCUGCUCUCUCCUCUCAUCCUCCUCUCUCUUCCUCUCAUCUUCUUUUCCUGUUUCACCCUCUUCUCCUCCUGUCUUUCACACUCCCUCAGCUCUUUCUCUCUCCUCUUCUGUUCUACCUUCUCUGUCUUUGUCUCUGCUUCUUUUCUCUUCCUCUCCUCCUUCUCUUGUUUCUUCAACUUGUCUUUCUCUUUCUUCCAACUGAAUACAGUCUGACUCAGGGGGAAAAGUUGAUUAAAACAAUGAAGAAGUAAUGAAGGACUGUAAACUGUAUGAUAUUAGACCAGUGGCUGUAGCCCGGGUACCAGUCAGUUUAGCUAUCAUUCCACUCCUUGCCACUCCUUGUCAUGCUAAACAUUUGGCAGUACAAGGGGUGGAAUGUUAACUCAACAGACUGGUACCCAGGCUACUGUGGUACCUACUCAUAAUAUAAUUUUACGUUAAUUCAAUAAACUACUUUGUUCUAUU